AUGCAGUCGACUCAACUCUUCUUUUGGCUGCUACUCGGAAGCAUCCUACCCGCUCUACUACAUGCGUCCGUCGUACUCCCUAGAGGCGUUGAUGUGAAGAAGAGCGCGAAGCAUGCUGUGGCCAGUGCGGCCAGUGCGACCAGCUCGGCCAGUGCUGCUGUCAGCGUUGACGCGAUGGCUACCACAGCCAUCUCAUUAAUUUCCAAAAACAACAAAGAGAGCAAAGUUACCAGCACAGCGGUGGAAGUACCGUCCACACCGCACGCGGCGAUCCAACAGGUGAUCAACGAUAUGCACGGCCGAAAUAAGUCAAUUAGUUUGGUCGCGGUCAAGUUGUUUACCCUCGUCGAGGGUGAUGCUACAUUGGGUGUUCCUGGCAAAGACUGGGGGACCGUCUGGAUUCCCGUUCAGCCUUCGGCAUCCUCGCCAAGUAUAACUUAUGUGGUGUGGUGGACGAGGAAGCGAGGCGGGACGUUGAUGAUCACAAACCCAGCCAGUCCAGACGAUAUCAGUAACUCGUCCAUCCAAGUGGGCAGAGUUUCCAAAGGAGUGAAGGUGGGGGUCCCUAUUGGACCAAAUAAACAAAUAGUCUACACAUGA